UCUCAAGAGACCGACUCCUUCACAGCUCUCUGAUUGCUCGUGUCGUGUCCCAACUCUUUCUUCCAAAGGAAGACAGAGUUCCAACUUUUCAAGAGCUGUUGAAUACUGGAAACAUAAUAGGGAGUUGUUCUGAAAAUCUUUGCUCUGUAGCUCCAAAUCUUCUGAACCUACCUUCUUUGUCGAAGACAAUUCAGCUUCCAUUCAAUUCUUUACAAAUUUGUCUUCUCUCUUUUACGUCUCCGUAGCUCAGUAUCCGUGUAUAAAUAAAUACCUGGGUACCCUUUUUAUUUCGUUUCGGUUUCUUUGUUAAUUUAGAAGUGGAAAAAUAAAGACAAGAUGGAGGGAUUCGAAAGAGUGUGGGAUUCGGGAAGGCGAGCAAGUCGGAACAUGAGUAGGAGCAUAAGCAGGAAUAUGAGCAGGAGUAAUUGGGGCAUGGAAGACGUGUUUACCAGGUCCAUGGGUUCAAGGAGGAGCAGACAUGCCGACGAAGACGAAGAGGCUCUGAAAUGGGCUGCUUUGGAGAAGUUGCCCACGUAUGAUCGCCUCAGAACUACUAUCCUGAAAUCUUUUGUGGAUAAUGAGAAUCAGGGGAACAAGUUCGUUCACAAGGAGGUCGAUGUUCGCAAGCUCGACAUGAAUGAUCGCCAAGAAUUCAUUGAAAGAAUCUUUAAGGUCGCCGAGGAAGAUAAUGAGAAGUUCCAGCGAAAGCUCAGGAACAGAAUCGACAAGGUGGGAAUUCAACUUCCAACAGUAGAAGUAAGAUUCGAGCAUUUAACAAUUGAAGCCGAUUGCCAUAUUGGCAGCAGAGCUCUACCCACACUCCCCAACACAGCUAGAAACAUUGCAGAAUCAGUUCUAGGUCUGCUUGGAAUCAGAAUGGCAAAAGAAACAAAACUCACCAUAUUAAAAGAUGCCUCUGGGAUAAUAAAACCUUCAAGGAUGGUGCUUCUGUUGGGUCCUCCAUCCUCUGGGAAGACGACGCUAUUGCUGGCAUUGGCAGGAAAGCUAGACCCCAGCUUGAAGGUUAAAGGAGAGAUUACAUAUAAUGGGCAUAGGCUUAAUGAAUUCGUACCUCAGAAGACGUCAGCAUACAUCAGCCAGAAUGAUGUCCACGUAGGAGAACUGACCGUUAAAGAAACACUUGAUUACUCAGCAAGGUUUCAGGGGGUCGGAUCAAGAUAUGAGCUCCUUACUGAGCUUGCAAGGAGAGAGAAGGAUGCCGGAAUAUUCCCGGAGGCAGAAGUGGAUCUCUUCAUGAAGGCAACUGCAAUGAAAGGAGUUGAGAGCAGUCUGAUUACAGACUACACGCUUAGGAUACUGGGGCUCGACAUCUGUAGGGACACGAUCGUUGGAGAUGAGAUGCAGAGAGGAAUAUCGGGUGGACAGAAGAAGCGAGUCACAACAGGAGAGAUGAUUGUCGGGCCCACGAAGACGCUGUUCAUGGAUGAAAUAUCCACGGGUCUGGAUAGCUCCACAACCUUUCAGAUUGUGAAGUGCCUGCAGCAGAUCGUCCAUCUCACGGAUGCCACCAUCUUGAUGUCCCUCCUCCAGCCUGCUCCGGAGACGUUUGACCUAUUCGAUGACAUUAUCCUCCUCUCGGAGGGCCAGAUCGUCUACCAGGGCCCACGAGAGUAUGUGCUCGAGUUCUUUGAGAGCUGCGGCUUCCGGUGCCCCGAGAGGAAGGGCGUCGCUGAUUUCUUGCAAGAGGUUACUUCGAGGAAGGAUCAGGAGCAGUAUUGGGCAGACAAGAGUAAGCCGUAUCGGUUCAUAACAGUCACCGAGUUUGUGAAUCGGUUCAGGAGGUUCCAUGUGGGGCUGCGCCUAGAGAACGAGCUCUCAGUCCCCUACGACAAGAACAGGAGUCACAAGGCAGCUCUAGUUUUCAGCAAGUAUUCCAUCUCAAAAACCGAGCUCCUUAAGAUUGCCUUCGAUAGGGAAUGGCUCCUGCUCAAGAGAAACGCCUUCGUCUACAUCUUCAAGACUGUCCAGAUCAUUAUAAUGGCACUGAUCGCAGCAACAGUGUUCUUGAGGACAGAAAUGCACACCAACACCGAAGACGAUGGGGCCAUCUACAUUGGUGCACUUCUCUUUUCUGUGAUUUGCAACAUGUUCAAUGGCUUUGCCGAGCUCUCUAUCACCAUCGCAAGGCUUCCUGUGUUUUAUAAGCACAGAGAUCUCCUCUUCUAUCCAGCUUGGGCUUUCACCGUCCCCAAUUUCUUACUUAGGAUUCCCAUUUCCAUCCUUGAGGCUGUAGCUUGGAUGGUCGUCACAUACUACACCAUUGGAUUUGCGCCAGAGGCUAGCAGGUUUUUCAAGCAAUUUCUGGUGAUAUUUUUGAUCCAACAAAUGGCUGCUGGGCUCUUUAGGGUCAUUGCCGGAAUCUGUAGAAGCAUGACAAUUGCCAACACUGGUGGAGCUCUAACUCUCCUCAUUGUGUUCUUGCUUGGUGGUUUUAUCCUCCCUCGAGAACAAAUUCCAAAUUGGUGGAUCUGGGGCUACUGGGUUUCCCCCCUAUCAUAUUCUUUCAACGCCGCUGCAGUCAAUGAGAUGUAUGCUCCAAGGUGGAUGAACAAACUGGCACCCAAUGGCGAUAGAUUGGGCAUCAAAGUGCUAAAGAACUUUCAGGUCUUCCAAAAUCGCAACUGGUUUUGGAUCGGGAGUGCUGCUCUUCUGGGUUUCGUCAUCCUCUUUAAUGUCCUAUUUACUCUCUCACUUAUGUACUUGAAUCCUCUUGGAAAGAAACAAGCAAUUAUAUCUGAAGAAACAGCCAAUGAGAUGGAAGCCAACCAAGAAGAAACGAAGGAAGAACCAAGAAUAGUUACAACAAGGUCAAGGAGAGAAUCGGUUCCUCGAUCUUUAUCAGCUGCAGAUGGAAACAAUACAAGAGAAAUGGAAAUCCGACGAAUGAGUAGCCGAACCAAUGCCAUCGGACUUAGUAGAAAUGUUGAUUUGUCUCUUGAGGCAGCAAAUGGAGCCGCUCCCAAGAGAGGAAUGGUUCUCCCAUUUACUCCAUUAGCAAUGUCCUUCGACAGUGUAAAUUACUAUGUGGACAUGCCUCCUGAAAUGAAAGAACAAGGGGUGACAGAAGACAGACUCCAAUUACUUAGGGGAGUGACAGGAGCAUUUAGACCCAGUGUACUGACUGCUUUGAUGGGAGUCAGUGGGGCUGGAAAGACAACACUAAUGGAUGUUCUGGCAGGUAGAAAAACAGGGGGAUACAUUGAAGGUGACAUCAGAAUUUCUGGCUUCCCUAAGAAUCAAGAGACAUUUGCUAGAAUCUCGGGUUACUGUGAACAGAAUGAUAUCCACUCCCCCCAAGUCACAGUUAGAGAAUCAUUGAUUUUCUCUGCUUUCCUCAGGCUCCCGAAGGAAGUUAGCAUGGAGCAAAAGAUGAUAUUUGUGGAUGAAGUAAUGGAACUAGUAGAGCUUGACAAUCUGAAAGAUGCUAUAGUGGGACUUCCAGGUGUAACGGGUCUCUCAACAGAACAAAGGAAGAGGUUGACCAUUGCUGUGGAACUCGUAGCUAAUCCUUCAAUCAUAUUCAUGGAUGAACCAACAUCAGGUCUUGAUGCAAGGGCAGCUGCCAUUGUCAUGAGGACUGUGAGGAAUACAGUGGACACUGGCAGAACAGUGGUCUGCACAAUUCAUCAACCUAGCAUCGAUAUCUUUGAAGCUUUUGAUGAGUUGCUACUGAUGAAAAGAGGAGGACAAGUUAUCUACUCAGGACCUUUGGGCCAACAUUCUCACAAGAUAAUAGAGUACUUCGAGGCAAUUCCUGGAGUCCAGAGAAUCAAAGAUAAACAAAACCCAGCAGCAUGGAUGCUAGAAGCUAGUUCUAUUGCAGCUGAAGUUCGGCUUGGAAUAGAUUUUGCAGAGUACUAUAAAUCAUCAGCUUUGCAUCAGAGAAACAAGGCAUUAGUUAAGGAGUUGAGCAUCCCACCCCAAGGAGCAAAAGAUCUAUAUUUCUCUACGCAAUAUUCCCAGUCAACAUGGGGACAAUUCAAAUCCUGCCUCUGGAAGCAGUGGUGGACUUAUUGGCGAAGCCCUGAUUACAACCUUGUCAGAUACUUCUUCACCUUGGCUUGUGCCCUCAUGUUGGGAACAAUCUUCUGGAAAAUUGGCACUGAAAGGAAUAGCUCCACAGAUCUGACCGUCAUUAUUGGAGCCAUGUAUGCAGCUGUUUUGUUUGUUGGUAUCAAUAAUUGUUCGACCGUACAGCCAAUUGUUGCCAUUGAGAGAACGGUGUUUUAUCGAGAAAGAGCUGCUGGGAUGUACUCUGCCUUACCAUAUGCCAUCGCACAGGUGGUCACUGAAAUACCGUAUGUUCUCAUCCAAACCACAUAUUAUUCGCUUAUUGUAUAUGCCAUGAUCAGCUUUGAGUGGACAUUGGAAAAGUUUUUCUGGUUUUUCUUCAUCUCCUUCUUCUCCUUUCUGUACUUCACUUACUAUGGAAUGAUGACUGUGGCAAUCACACCAAACCACCAAGUUGCAGCUAUCUUUGCUGCUGCUUUCUAUGGACUCUUCAACCUUUUCUCAGGAUUCUUCAUUCCUAAACCAAGAAUUCCCAAAUGGUGGAUCUGGUAUUACUGGAUUUGUCCUGUUGCUUGGACAGUUUAUGGGCUGAUCAUAUCGCAAUAUGGUGACUUGAAUGACAAGAUUGAUGUGCCAGGAAAAACCGUUCCCCAGAGCAUCAAAUCAUAUAUCACAGACUACUUUGGGUAUGAUACUGAUUUCAUAGGUCCUGUUGCAGCUGUUUUGGUUGGUUUUACAGUGUUCUUCGCUUUCAUGUAUGCAUACGCCAUCAAAGCAUUGAACUUCCAGCAGAGGUAGAAAUAUAUGGAUCGGAUGCCUUUUGUGGAGCACCUGAUAGAACUUUAAGCACCUAUAUAGAAGUUCUUAAUUAAAUUUUUUCUGUAAAUAUAUAUUAAUCAUCAAGGUGUAGUCCGUAAGAUGAAGAUGUUGUUCUUAAUAUGCAGUGAGGGGGUCGGAGGGUAUACUUGUUUAUGUAAAGAUGGCUAUCAAAUUUUGUUUUACUUUUCUUCAAAUGAAGGAAGAACUGUUUGUUUUAUUUUAUUUUUUCAUAUAUGCAAAGGACAGCAAGAGAUCCAAAAUGCUUCCAGUAAAAAAUGUUACAUCUAAUAAGUUUA